AAGUUGGAAGACAUAUCAAAUCAUAGCCUAAAUGAAAAUACUCGUCUUUUUUACCUUCGUUGUGAUAAAACGCCUGGAUCAUUUGCAUAUGUGACCUCUCCAAAUAGGUUAGGUAUUCCGUCAUUUGUUCAGGUGAGGGCAAAGGGUUCUGCAUCUAACCUGGAAAUGUGUCUAGUUUGGAGGAUUUGGUGACAUUUGCAUUGCAUCACUGCACUGCAAAUGGCUGUGGGGCCAUUCAGUGAACAGGUACGGGAGAGCCGCGUGGAGCUUGUUGAUGCUUGGAGCAAACAUGUGACAUCUCUUCUGGACCUCCUUUCCCAAGCUGGUGCUAUCACUGAGGAGGAUGUGAGCCUGGUAAGAGGGGGAGGGUGUUUAGGAGAUCGCGAUCGCAUGCGGAACUUGCUGGAUGUGCUGUACAGUCGAGGAGAGGAUGCCUGCUGUGCUUUCUUUAAAGUCAUGCCAAGGGUUCAGACCGCCUCGGGAACCAAGAACCCUAACAUCUCCAUCCAGCCGAACUUACAGGAGCACCUUCAAAGACACAGAGAAGUACUGGGCAAGGAGCACGGCCCCAAACACUCGGGUAACAUCAAAGCUAAAGCUCCAGACAGCAGGCAGGCUAAGCCCUACACUGACAUCACGCUGUCCAAGAGGCCAGGCUAUGAGGUGCACCUGCAGCACCAGCAUGAGGCGGCCAUGGUCGGAGAGUCUUUCAGGGGUCAUGCACAGGAGAGUAAAGGGCAAGGGGAGAUCUGUGUGUUCAGGGAGAUGUACCAGAGUCUGCUGGCAGUCCCGGGGGAUGGCCUGACCCUGCUGUCAGGCGUGGCGGGUAGUGGCAAGACCACGGUGGUCCGGCGACUCGUCCACGAGUGGUCCUCACAGAAGGACAGCAAAAAGAUCAUCCUGUCUCUGUCCUUCCGGGAGCUGAACCUUCUCACGGAGCCAGACAGUCUGCAAGGUCUGCUGUCCAUGCAUUACAGUCACCUGAAGCCCGUCUUGACUGAGAUCAUGGGCGACAAGCUUGAGCGCGUGCUUCUCAUCCUCGACGGACUCGACGAAUUCUGCUUUCCGCUGGACUUCAAACGCACCCCCAAGUGUUCAGACCCGGAGCGGGCAAUGCCCGUGGGCGCCAUGGUGGUGAACCUACUCAAAGGCAACCUUCUCCCAGGUAUCUCCAUCCUCCUCACCUCCCGACCCCACGCUGUCUCCAAGGUCCCUCCGGAGCUGGUGAACGUGUUUUGCAGUGUUCUGGGCUUCACACCAGCUCAGCAGCAGGAGUACUUCAGACACAACUGCAGCUCGGUGCAGGCUGGAGCACAGGUGUGGGAUUACGUGUCCACCCAUAAGCCCUUGCAGCUUAUGUGUCACGUCCCUGCCUUCUGCUGGAUUGUGUCCACAGCCUUGUACAAUGGAAGCCCUGGUCUCACCCAACCUGUCCCUGCAGCGGACAACAGUAAAAGUGUGUCCGAGGAUGUGACACCCUCUGCACCAUGCAUCCCUACUGAUCCUAGUGCUGUGUUAAUAACAUCCUCAGUGAAGACACUGACCAUCACAGACAUCUACUGCUGUUUCCUGAAGUCCAUCCUGGUGUUCCAUGGGGAAGGGAGGGAGGAGGAUUCUCGCUGGCGCCUCCUUCAGGAUGCUCCGCGCAUCUUGCAGGAGAGCCGCCCAGUGCUGAGAGGCCUCGGGGUCCUGGCUUUCCAGGGGCUGGUGGAGAGACGGUUUCUCUUCGACUGCGCGGACCUGGACCGCGCUGGACUCUCCUUGGACCGCGCUGAUGUCUCGCGCGGGGUCUUCCUGGUGGAGAUCCUGAAAGAGGACAGCACCUCACUCACGCUGGAGAAGAACUUCUACUUCAUCCACACCAGUGUGCAGGAGUUUCUGGCGGCCACGUACUUUGUGUAUGAAUCGCUGUCCGGCUCAGACCCAUUUGCUGGGCAGCAGCCUCACACGUUCAAGCUUCCGCCAGCACUCCAGAGGCUAAUGACCUCCACGUCCAAGAAGCUACUCGGGGCCAAAGGUCUUCUGAAACGACACGUCAAGAAGGCUCUUCUGUGGAGCGAGCAGAAACAGUCGGGACAUAUGGACUUGUUCUGCAGGUUUGUUUCUGGCCUCAUGGUUCCACGAACCCGCCUCACCUUAGAUGGCCUUUUCCCCAGGACGGGAUCUCUGUUCUGCUCCUCUUCACCCUCUACUCCAUCCACUGCCCCUCCGUUCUACCUGUCUCUCCUUCACUCACAGCUCCAGAGCUGCAGCCUCUGCCCAGAGCGACAGGUGAAUGUGUGCCACUGCCUGUACGAAGCUCAGGACUCAGGCCUGUCCCAGCGGCUGCAGAGCUGGCUGCAGGUGCUGGCGCAGAUGCCCCGGUCAGAACACUCGUCUCUGGAGAAGAAGGACUGGAGCGAGCUGGCCUUCCUGCUUCAGCUUAGCCCCGACCUGGACACGCUCAAGCUGGACGCCCAGGGUCUGGACGCGGAGGGGCUACGCAGACUUUUGCCCGUGCUUCCUCUCUUCCGCACCCUCAGCCUGGGACAGAAUCCCCUUGGUCCUGAGGGAGCCGCUGUGCUUUCCAAGGCGCUUAAGACUCCAGCUUGCCGUGUCGAGAGGCUGUGGGUAGUGAAGACUGGACUUGGUUGUGAAGGGGUCCGGAUCCUGUCAGACACACUGAAGGACAACCGGACUGUUGUUGAUCUCAGAAUGGCCAUCAAUGACAUUUCUGAUGGAGGAGCAGGACAUCUUGCUGAUUUACUGAAGACAAAUUGUGCUUUGAAAGAUAUAAGACUUCGUGACAACCAGAUAACAGACAAAGGGGCUGAACUUCUGAUGGAUGCCCUGACAGAGAACUCAACUCUUCAGUAUUUAUGGCUCUUUGACAACAAGUUCACUAAGGAUGGUGUCAAGAAGCUCAUAGAAUUCUCUAAGACGAGAACCAAUCUUGAAAUCAAAGUGUGUGUCUAAACGGCAAGAAUGUAAAUGUUUUGAAGAUGAGGAAUGAAUAGGUAUACAUAUAUCAUUGUAUACUUUGGUGGGCGAUUCAAUGAAUGAAGAUCUAGUUACAUUCAGACCGUAUAUAUAAGUACAUUAAAUGACUAUGUAUUGAUGAAGGUUAAUGUUCAUCUCAAGGGUUACUAGCACACAAGUGCCUCAUUAAAACAUAAAGAGACGUUGUACUCCCCAGAUUUUGAAUAUUGCUGUAUUAUAUCAGUUUUGUUAUCUUUUGUCAUUGUAAAUAUUUUAUUUAAGUAAUUUUUACAAUUCCAUGUAUACACAUUGUUACGGGCAUAUUUCAGGUGAACAGUCUAUGUGUACUUUAUUAGACGGUCUACUGGAUUUGCUUCCGCUAAAGAGAUCCUAUCUAGAGUAUUUAAACUUUAAAUACCCCAGCACUGCCCUCUGUUGGUCACUGUAGCAAACAAGAAUUGUGGACUAAUGAUGAACUUUGGAGGAUUUUUGUCCAUCACCAGGCCUCAACACUGGGUAGAUAAGAAUAUAGUUCUGAAUGUCUUAAGGUUGUGAUUGCCGUAAACUCAAUGUGGCAUUGUUCCAAAUGUCAUGUCCAAGUGCUGUGAGAUGAUACAUCUGCUGUUUGCUGACGUCUGCUGGCAGUGGUCCCAAAGGUCAAGAUUAUUUUAUUCAAAGUUGACACGUGCUCUCCGUCAAGUCCACAAACAUCCAAGUGUUUAUCUUUGUACUUUGUAAUUAUCUUAAGGUUCAAAUUACUUGCAUUGUGAUAAGAUAGGUAAACCUUGGUCUUGUGAAUAAUAAGGUCAGUAGACUUAAUGUUAUCUGUGCAUCAUCAUCAUAACGUAUUUUAUGACUUAUAUGUAAUGUCUUCGAGAGGGUAGAGAAGAGCCGCACAAUCUGGCUCCAUAUCGAUGCUUUUAUUAAACGAUAAUGUUUCGGCCUGGGGCCUUCUUCAGAUCGUGAAAGGACCCAGGCCGAAACGUUAUCGUUUAAUAAAAGCAUUGGUAUCAUUGGUGCAGCACUUCUCUACCCACUCUAAGUAAUUUGCCAAUGACCAGCAGCUCACCAACAGUUCUGUGUGUGCGCUACAUUUGCCUUAAAUUAUAUGCAAUGAUGCAAUGUCUACCAUUGUGUCUGUACUCCUCAGGGAUAUGCAGUUAGCAGUAUUUUGUACAUGUACAUACUUGCCAUAGAAAUUAUUGUUUUUAAAUAAAAAAUAAGGAUACAAAAAUGCAUUAUUCUCAAAAAUAGUAUUUGUAUCAAAAAUGUUUGGGGCUGUUUUAAUGUAGUCAUGU